UGGUGCGAAGGCGGCAGUUGCCAAAGAGGGCGUGUCAUGUGCGCCUAACUUGAAUGUCUGUGUCCCCUUCGCCAUACUAUCGGCACAUAAGGACCUUCGUCAGAAUACUUGCAAACAGAAGCAGGAUGAGCGCCUCGAGGGACGGCGCUCACCCGACGAAGAAACGCCGCAUUGAGCCUGGAAGUUCCGAAGGUGGGCACGAUACCGAACCGAGACCAGACGCCGGUGCUCAAAGCCUUCAAGAGAAGCUGUAUGCGUACUUAUCAUCAUGCUGGGAGAAAGAUGGGUCGAAAAAUUCGGCCGAAUAUCAGUUGGUUUCCAAGCUGGUAGAGGCUUGGUGCUCAGUGAGAACGUAGUGCCAGGUCAACGAGUGAUGUACCUUUCACCGUCGAGCUUGCUUCAUUCUGGGACCAUUAAGCACAUUCUUCCAACCCGGCUGCUACCAAAGCAUAGUUCAUUUCGGAGCCUCAACAAUGGUUCAACAAGCGCCAUGCGCAACACUUCCUUAAUUCCCAUGCUACUCGCCAUAUUUCGAUCUACUCGGAGAUUAAUGCCACACGCAAUGCCUACGGCUCUGAACCAACUUUCACCGUUCCUGGACACGAUGCCGGAAGAGUUUGGCACGGUGCCUCUGGCUUGGCGCCGCCGUGUCCACUUGAGAGAGCAGUAUAGUGACAUACACCGCCGACUCUGUCAAAUCCUGCCUCAACGCAACGCUGUGCAGCUUGAAGAGGUGCAUGAGAAAUACAUGGGCGACUAUGAGCAAGCUCGAACUGCAUUCAAGCGAUACCGGUCAGAACUCAGCGAAUCCAUGCAAUCAAGUCUGCACGAUUGGACUGAAGAGGAUUUUUUAUGGGGAUGGCUGUGUGUAAAUUCCCGGUGCGUGUUCCUACCGCUUGGACUCGAGCCACAUGCAGAUAACUUCACUCUAGCACCGAUGCUAGACAUGGCAAACCAUACAACAGACCCCACGCGAGAGUUCAAGGUAAAAUGGACUCUGAAAAAUGGACUCGAAAUGCACGCUCCAGAGCGCUCAGUGGCGCGCAAGGUCCAGGGUGGAGCACCAGAAGUCGGGUACGAACAGGAACGCUGGCACGGUCUUUGUUCAGGCGAUGAAGUGUUCAUCACAUAUGGAGCGCACGGAAAUGCUACGCUUCUGUCCGAAUACGGCUUCGUGCUUUUGGACUCAGCUGGAAAGACGGGCGAUAACCCAUUCACAGACGUUGUGUUAGAUGCGCAGAUCAAGCGACACAUAGAGCAACUGAGGACACCUUCAGAAGUUCACGCGCUGCUGGAAGAGGCAGGGUAUUGGGGGUCGUGGACGAUCCAGCGCGCGGAGUCCGAGCCGGCACAUCCAUCAUGGCGGACGGUGACGGCUCUGCGGCUGCUAGCAGUCUAUGACGCGAACUUUCCAAAUGAAGCUCGAUCCACUGCAUUACCGCAAGCAACAUCGCUUGUACAGGACAUCGCGAGAUGGAAGAAGGUCGUAGUGGGUCUCCUGCCACAUUUGACUGGUUCCCUAGAGCUGCGCGCAGCUACGUUGCUGGGCCAGCUGGCUGCUGAAGCGCAAGUGGAUCUGCAGCGAUGCAUCUUGGCUGCCGAUGAAAUGGAGGCAGAGGGACACCAGCAGGGAGCCAUCUCAGCGUCCAUUGGUUCGAUCAGGGCUUUGGCGCAAGAAGAGCUUCAGAUGCUGCGUGAAGUCGUGGCGCGAUGUAGCGGGGAUAAUCUCCGAAAGGAGGGACCGCCCUGGUGACAGUAGAAUACACAAUUCUGCAUGCAGCAUUCGGCAGCACUUGAAACGAGACGCACGAAUGGUAGAAGGUGCGAUCUGUGGAAUGCAUGACUGCCAUGCAUGGCGAA